AAGACCCGGACAGCUUGUUGUCCUAAUCCUCUCACCUCAAGGAGCGGCAACAGGAUCUCUCCAACUCUUUCAAUUCAGACUGAGAACCCUAGACUUCACCCAUCAUGCUGACACAAUCUUGGUCAACCGUGCUUCUCAUGGGGCUGCUGGGCCCUUUCGUCCUUGUCUCCGCCGAGUCGCCCUCCCCUAAGCAGGAGGGGGAUCUGACCGCAGAGUCAGGGCGUUCGGGAUACAACAAGUUCAAGUUCGAGAGGGACAGAACCUCCCGCACCUCCACUGCCAACGAGGAGAGUGACGUUACGGCACAAUCGGGGCGGUCGGGGUACAACAAGGCCAAGAAGCACGAGAGUUCCGCAUCCUCGUCUGCCAACCAGGAAGGCGAUCUCCAAGCGGAGUCCGGGCGGUCUGCAUACAACAGAUUCCAAAAGGAGGACUCGGUCCUUGAAGUCAGAGAAGCUGCAACCACACUGGUCACCAUCACGUUUACCAUGCCCGAACCGGCCGCAACGGAUUAGGGUCCAUCUUAUGUCAUGGGGCCUUCUAGUGACGGGCAUCGUCGUCGGUACGACAGCAUCUCUGUGGAGGGCAUGGAUUAUAUCUGGGACAGGUUGAGUUCAAGGCUCGAUUGGCAUUUGGGGAGGAGGGAGGGAGGGCGAAUGUUUAGUGACCAGUUCGAUUAGUGAAAGUACCCGCUUAGCUAUAGGGGCUCAUAAUGUCAAGUGUCGGCUUCUUUCUAGUGAAGAGCUAAUUAUGGAACGUCGACUGGGCGUAGACACUAGUAGUAAUCGCAUGAUCACACGAUACCCUACGAGAUGUAACAAAUCCAAGACC